AUGAAGUCUAUUCCUGAUGAAGUAGAAAAAAAUGUUAAAAUUGCUAUUAAGGCUAGUGAUUUUCAAUCAGUUAUUGCUUCUAAAUUAUUAACUGAAUUAAAUUCUCCAGAUAAUAUUAAAGAAAUUGAUGCUCUUGCAAAAGCGGCAAUUGAAGAAGUCAGCAGUUGGAUGUAUUCUUCUCACAAAGAAAUAUAUGAAUCGUCAGGGGUUGAGGAUAAAAGAAAGAAAUUACGUAAUGAAAGUAAACAUUUUUCAAUAAAAGAUAACAGUUACCCUUCAACCAAUUCUAUGUUUCUUUCAACACUUCAUGAUAAAUUAGAGGAAGAUGUUAAGCGCCUUGAAAAUGAGUAUUCAACUCUUCAAAAAUGA